AUGACCGUCGACCAAUACCCCGCCAAGGCCCACGCCCUCAAGGCCGCGAAACACCUCAAAGCUUCCGGAGCUUCCGACGACGCUCUGUGGUACAUUGAAGCUGCCAAAACCACCCUGUGGCCCCAUUCGGACCAGACCGUGCCUCUCAGACAGCACCGGUACUUUUACUAUCUGACGGGCUACGAGGCCCCCGACGCCAUUGUCACCUACUCCGCCAAGGACGACAAGAUCACUCUUUACAUUCCCGAGAUUGACGACGAGGAGGUCAUGUGGUCCGGCCUGCCGCUGUCUCCCGAACAGAUCCGAGCCGUGUCUGACGUGGACGAAAUCAAGUACAUGAACCACCUGGAGAGCGACCUCAAGGGCAAGAAGCUCAUCAGUGUCGAGACCUACGACAAGCGAGACGCUGUGACUAUGUCUCAGCCUUUGCUGGACGCGCUGGACGAGGCUCGAGCCAUUAAGGACUCACACGAGCUCGCUCUCAUGCGACACGCCUCCGAGAUCACCGACAACUCGCAUCUAGCCGUCAUGUCUGCUCUUCCCAUUGAGAAGAACGAGGGCCAUAUCCAUGCCGAGUUUAUCUACCACUCCAUCCGACAGGGCUCCAAGAACCAGUCCUACGAUCCCAUCUGUUGUGCUGGUACUUCUGCUGGCACCCUGCACUACGUCAAGAACGACCUGCCUCUCGACGACAAGCUGCUGGUGCUGAUUGACGCUGGUGCCGAGUGGAAGAACUACGCCUCUGACGUGACUCGUUGCUUCCCCAUCUCCGGAGAGUGGACCAAGGAGUGCCGAGACAUCUACGAGGCUGUGCUGGACAUCCAGAACCACUGCAUUGAGAAGAUCAAACCCGGCGUAAACUACGAGGAUCUGCACCGAGACGCCCACAGAAUUCUCAUUCGACAUCUGAUGCGACUCGGUAUCUUCACCAACGGAACGGAGGACGAGAUCUUUGACUCCCGAGUCUCCUGCGGCUUCUUCCCCCACGGACUCGGCCACAUGCUUGGUAUGGACACCCACGACACCGCCGGCCGACCCAACUACGAGGACAAGGACCCCAUGUACCGAUACCUGCGUCUUCGACGAACCCUGGAGGAGAACAUGGUGCUGACCGUCGAGCCCGGCUGCUACUUCAACAAGUACCUACUAGACCACUUCAUCCAGCCCGAGCAGGAGAAGUUUCUGGACCGAGCCGUGCUGGACAAGUACUGGAAGGUUGGCGGAGUGCGAAUCGAGGACGACAUUCUCGUCACCAAGGACGGCUACGAGAACUUCACCAAGAUGACCAAGGACCCCGAGGAGGUGGCCAAGAUUGUCAAGGACGGCAUCGCUAAGGGCCGAAAGCAUUUCCACUGUGUUGUUUAG